AGCUUUGGUCCCUCUGCUGACAUAACGUAACAACAAAAACAAAUCUCCAAUUAACUUGAUACAAUGAACAAAUGCAUUAAAAGCCAGCCCCACCGCCGGCUACUGUUUACACAACUAUCCCGCUGCUAUGCCGCCGCGCAGUCAUCACCUGCGGGACCCGAGAAGGCGGCGGCCAUCGGUGGCAGUGGGCUGGCUAACAAGCCCGAUCCGCAGGACAUAAAAUGUGACUACAUUGGUCCACCGGAUACCCAGUCCAACCUGCGACCAUAUGUGCGUCACUAUGACGACAGCGAGACGCCGUUGGCGAGGAGUUUGCGGCUCAAACGCACCGAGGUGGAGGCCUGGAACGUGGACUUUUGGACGCGGCACAACAAGCGCUUCUAUGAGGAGAAGGACGAUUUUGUGCGCCUGCACAAGGAGAUCGGCACCGACGAGGUCUCCGCGGACCAGAUGAGUGAGUUCUACAAGUCGUUCCUGGACAAGAACUGGCGCAUCCACCUGAUGUACAACAUCUCCUGGUACCUCAAGAACUUCGACAUCCUCACUUUGGCCGCCGGUGUACAGCUGCAGCGCCUUGUGGCGCGUGCCAAGCCACGAUCAUAGACAGUAGCCUCUAGCCGUAGACUCCCAUUUGUUUAAUUGUUAUUGAAGUCUAGAACAUAAACAAUCCCCGAGUUAAGUUUGCAUAUCUCUCGUCUUUGUAAUCCAGAGCAUAAGGUUUUAGUUCCCGGCAAUGUAUAGGUUUUGUUCUUGCAUUGGAAAACCGCUCUUUAUAGGAUUUAUCUUCGUGUUUAGGCAGAUUUAGCAAAGAAAACCCAUAUGCUAUAGAAUAAAAAAUGGUACUUAAUUAAA